CUGGCCAUAGCAACCAUCACAGUGUACCUUAGCAACCUGGAACAUUGAGCCCCAAUGGAGAAGAAAAGCCCACAAAAACGACAACAAAGCAUCUCCGCCCGUAUCCAUCAGCUACAAAGUUCCAACGCAGCACUCUUAGCAGAAAAUGAGCUGUUUGAACGUUUUAUCACCCGGCUGGAUCAACGGGACCAAUCGGCCAAGCCUGCAAAUCUGGGUGUUGCCGCCUGUUGCCAAAUGGAAGACGGGGGGCCAGGUUGGAGGCAGACAUCUGAGGGCAACUUGCCUGACAGCCUUCUGCAGCUGACCUUGGGACAAAAACUGUGCGUUGCACAAAGGGAAGUAGCAGAGAUGAUAACAGAGCAGCAGAAAGACAAGGAGAAGUCGGAGAGAAUUCUGGCCAACUACAAAGCCUCCCUCAAGGAAUUUGAGCUGCAGCAAGCAGACAUCUGCAAAGAGAAGAAAGACUUGGAACAAAAAUUGUUCAAACCAUUAAAGAUGUCAGAAAUGAACGAGCCAGAGAAGGUGCUCCACUACAUCAGUAGUAAGCAGAGCACCCAGUGUGACAAGUUGAAAGUGAAGAUCCAAGGCUUGAAGGCACGGGAAAAGAAGCUCCAUCUGCAGAUGCAGGAGAAAAGAGAGCUGCAAAAGGCAGGACUCGAGGACAUUUUCUUGGAAGACAGCGAACAGACAAUCGACCUCGAAGAACUCCAAAACAAACAUUCACAAGCACAGCGCGCCUUGAACUCCUACAAGGAGAAGCUUCAACGUGUGACGCAAGAGUCUGCACAGUUGAGCAGCAAUUUCACAAAAAAGAAGGAGGUGCUGGAGAAAAUAGAGGAGGACAUAUUACGUGUUGAAGAGGAGCGUUCGAAGGCUGAGGCCCAGAAUAAGCAGCUGCGCCGCCUGAUGUCCACUUACCAGGCACCUGAUGUCGCCCAGUACAUGCACGUCAAGGACAAACACAAAAUGCUGCAGCAGAGCGUUCACAUUUGGCAGAGAAAGGUUGGGAUUGCUGAGAUGACCUCCAAGUCUAAAUUCUGGAGCCAACACAGAGGCUCUUCUAUCAGUAGUGGUGAUGCUGGAACUGCUGACAGGGAAGGUCCAAAUCCACUGAAGCUGCCAUACAUAGCCCAACAUGGGAAAGCUUAGAUUUAGAAAAGGACCGCUCGGGUUCAUCAACUUCAGGUACAUCAUCAAACAUCUGAUACCUUCCUACAAUGAAUUGCAAUCAAAUAAUCGUAUUGCGUUUGUGGCAAAAUAGACAUGAUGAUGAAAUCAAAUGAUGUCAGUAUCCAUGAGGAAUAUUUCCCUGACAAUUCUUAAUGUGAUUUUUGCUUUCAUCCCAACUGAAGAGUUUGGAGAUUGUGCAAUGUACGUUUCAAUUUGUUUAAUUAUAUCUGCACUGUAAAACUAAAACAUUUUACAGACAGAAAAUGUCAAAACAGAUUUAUUUUCUGUGGCAAAUCACUGUUUGCGUGUCAAUUUGGACUGUGGCAAUAAAAUGCUUAAUGAUAUCAAUAUCCAUUCACCAUAAUGUAAGAAAUGCUCCAACGUAAAAUGCUUUACCGAUGUUAACACAAAGCUUCGAUAUAGUGCAAAGUAAAUAUUGAAUAAAACAGCCUCUACAGUUGUAAUACACUGCAUGGUGCAAUAAAAAUGACCUUGGACUGG